AUGAGUCUUUUUCGGCGGCUGACUCAUUCUAGUUCACCUUCAUCGUCUUCAACGAACGUUUCCUCGUCGGCUCCGUCCGUUCAGACCAUCGCCACUAACAAUGAAAGGAGGCAAAAUGUUUCACAAGAAAAUGACAUUUUUAGGGCUUGCAAACAGCAUUGUAAAUCCAUUAAAGAUAUCCUGCUAACGAGAGACACCAGUAAGUGCACACCAGAGGAAUGCAGAUGCGUUAUGGACAAUUUCGCGGUCGUAAUCAACAUUAUCUCGGAGGAAAACAGCGGACAAGAUGGUCAACUUGGUGAGUGUUUAGAGUACGCGAUUGAGUGUGGUAUAUUCGACGAAAUUUUCUCGUGGAGUUUAAGUCAACGAACCUCCAUGAAAGAACUUAUAAAAGAGCAAUUGAAAUUGUACAAGUCAUUAUUGAAAAGAUGCAGACAACCCAUUUUGAUCUUCGAAGAAAUCGUCGUGCCCAUGAAACGACUACUCCGUUCCUGUAUAGGAAAACAGACCAGCGAUAUUGAAUUAUUCUUUGUCGAGAUUCUUCAUCAACUUUGUAUUUGUGUGAAUCAAGACGCAACACUUCUUGAUUCAUACUUCAUUAUGAGCUGUACAUCCAACACAGAUACUAGUUCUUCGGUAUUUUCCUCGCUUGUACCGUACGUUCACCGAGAAGGGCAAGUGGGUUCGAAGUCUCGUGAUGCUGUUUUAUUGUGCACGUCACUUUCGACGUUCCAGGAGAAAUUUGCGUACUUUAUAUGCGAAGAAACCACGUUUUGUCCGGUACUAGCAACAGGAUUGAGUGCUCUGUAUUCAAGGCUCCCCAAUACAUUAGACGUUCCUGGCGAGGAUUGGUAUUGCCUAGAGAAAGGACUUUGGACCACAUUACCAGAACUUAAAUCAUUUAUAACCUCCUUAGAAUUUUGCAAUGAUGUCAUUCAGACAGCCCAUCCUCAAAUACAGUCAAAGCUGUUGGACCUGAUUUAUCAAGGAUUCCUGGUUUCUGUAAUGGCACCAGCUUUGAAUCAGAAUUCUUCUGAUGCACUGACAGCGGCUACAGCAUACUUUGAUUUGUUCUUGGGAAGCAUUACUGAACCAAAACUCAUGAAGGUUUUCUUAAAAUUCAUUCUUCAAGAGAAGUCGGAUGAAGUGCCAAUAUUGCAUUCUCUUUUACAACACAUCGAGACAAGAGAUGAGUUAUGUUUGGUUACGCUGGCUUUGUUUCAAACUCUGAUCAACCUCAACUCGGAAGAUGUAAUGAUUGAACUGGUUCUAAGUUACCUUUUACCUUGUAAUCACGUGAUGGGAAGUCAACGAAAAAUGAUUCAGGAAAUUGAUUUGUACGGAAAGGUCGCUGUUCGGUUUUUGACUUUGAUUCCAUCGUGUUGUUAUCCGAACCUGGUCGCAAAUGAAGAGUACGUUGCAUCUGAAAAUCUGGAGGAAGAUGAAUGGGAAAACAGAGAUUCGGAAAAUGACUUGUUCGGAUCUGUCAUUGAAUUUUUAGCCUAUCUUGUUGAUGCGAGGAAAAAUUUAUCUGAUCGACGUGCGGCUUGCUCGUGUUGGUCUGCGCUCUGGGAUGGCCUUGAGCCAUCUUAUGAACCUAUCGGUGCGUCCGAUAGAUUGUCGAACGGUAGCGUCGUUCAUACAAGCACAUCUUCGCCAGAAGUAUCGUCGAUCACCAAGGAAGCUGAACAGAAGCGUUCAGUUGGUGCGGAGAAUGAUGUAAUGGAAACCGUGCUUGGUCCUUUCAUUUCAAAGUUAUUUAAAAAACUGGAAAAGAUGCCGGAAAAUUCGAUCGCCACAAACGAAGUGUUGACAAGAAUAAUUUCGAGCUUGGCCGAAUAUUCCCAACCUUUGCUGAGGUCAUUUUUAUUGAAUCAUAGUUUGGUCUUACAACCGCACGUCAAAUCAAUAUUUCAGAUUCUUAAUACAGUCAAAGCUAAAUUGGAAACGAACCUCAAUCAGUUUGACGACCUUGAGCAACCAUUUAUGCUUGCUAAGCGUAAUUUAAUUCAACGUGAGGAAACGCGACGGCGAUCUUUGUCUCGAAGGACUUCACAACCUUCAAGUGCUGAAUCAUCCAAAAUUGUCUCUCGACAAUCGUCGACUGACAGCCCGUCACGUGUUCAGACGCCCAGCGUUCCCUCGCCAUACAGGAAUACCUUCGUCGAGAAAAGGAAUGAUAUGGAUGGCGAUGACACUUCUGAAACACUCUCAAUGGAAGAGGAUCUGGAGAACGCCAUAGAAAAGGCAUCUAGCUGGAUUUUACUCAAUCUGGGACCCAAAGGCAUAUCAAGGGAGAGGACGCGCGCUAAACAUAUCAAUAUGAUCAAGAACACCGUGUAUUGCGCUGUAUUGAUGGAGGAAUGGCUAAAAGAAUUGGCAGCCAUCUCGUUGGAGCACUCUGUUCAACCUUAUGACCAUAUUAAUAUGAAGGACACUGAUAACUCAUUGUAAAUGCAGCAAUGAUAAAAUCAUCUUGAUACAGUUGGUUAGCGGGAAUCUGUGCAGGCAGACCGAUGAAUCAUGUUUGUCAUUGGCAGUUGUAUCGAGGCAACUUUUUAUGCUUAGUACAGCACAACUGUACAGCUUAAUAAAUGUCUUAAAGAAUCAACUUGCCGGAAAGUAAUGCGGCACCAUGGAGCUAGAAGCACAAUUGUCUUUGUAAAUAUAUAUAUAUGAAUUAACGACAGCAUCACUGAAAACUGAUCACCAUUUUCGGUCAACCAUUUUUGACACCUUUUUUCAUUCCACUUAUAUGUUUCCAUUUUUACGUAUGUAGCAAUCUUUACUGUACACUGAAGUGUUUGUGGAGAUGAAACAUGCAAUUGUUUACCAGCGAAUUUUCAAA